GCUGUCAUCUCUAAUAAGCAAUUUUAGAAAGAAAGAUUUGUUGUCUUCUGGAAAAAUCCCGUGUGUAUUACGCUAAAGCGCAGUCAAAUGUUCGAAAAGAAGAGCGACAAGGCUAAGCAGGCUGAGCACAAGCCGCGGGAAGAUGGCGUGGAACUGGAGAGCCAGUUCAUAAUGCGCGUACCAAAGGAACUGGCCGACACUGUCCAUGAUGCAAUUAAUUCGGGCACCAUAAAAGAUCGACUGACCAUUCAACUGGAUCAGGAUUUGAGGUACGGCGAAGUGCGCCUAGAUGACCAGCUGCUCUACACAAAACUUGUGGAUCUACCAACAGUCGUUGAAAGCUACAAGACUAUUGACAACAAAAGCUUCUACAAGUCGGCGGACAUUUGCCAAAUACUCAUAUGCAAGGAGGAACCGGAAGACGACACCGAGAAGGAGUCCCCAAACAAAAAUAAGAAGAAGGAUCCCAACAAGGUGGACAAGAAGUACCUGUUUCCGCAUGGUAUUACUCCGCCCUGCAAAAAUGUGAGAAAACGUCGAUUUCGAAAGACUUUAAAGAAAAAGAACGUCGAAGCUCCUGAAAUCGAGAAGGAAGUGAAGCACCUACUCCGAAUCGAUAACGAGGCGGUCAGGGUUGAGUACGAAAUCAUAAAUGAGGAGGACAAACCCAUGGAUGAACUGGAUCAAUCAGAUAUAAAGCCCUACAACGAUGCAGACGAUGAAAUGCAGGACGACACCACUAUGCAUGCCAGUGAUAAAACUAUCAUGGACAUCAGCUCCCAGCGAGACGUUAACGUGGAGUCCGACGAUGAUGAAACCAGCAACUUUCCCACCCACCGGGCGCCCAACAUGGGUGUGGCUGCGCACGAUAUUUUUGGCGAGGAGGUAUCUACUACUGAUGACGAAGAUGAGCCAGAACAGGGAAACAACACUAUGCAGCGACGCGUGCUGGAGGACUCUUCACGCCUUUCUGCGGAUGACUCACGCAUGUCGGACUUCUUUGGCGCAAGCGGCAGCAAUACCGGAGCCGGCGGCUUAAAAAUGGAGCAGAACGAAUUUAACAAGUCCAUGUUUGGCCAAGAGGCGAGCAGUCCCAAGCUGAGCGCCGCCGGUUCUAGUUCUAACCUGGCCGCUCCUAGUGGUUAUUACGAUAACCAAAUGCUCACGAAACGAGAGGAGUUUGAGAAUAUGGAGUUUAUAGACGAGCCACAGCCGCAAUAUUCGCAGCAACAAGUGCAGCAGAAGAUCAGUCAACUUACGCGACAGAUCAGCGAGCUCAAGGCACAGCAGGUGCAGAAAUCCACGGAAAUAGCCUCUAUUCAGAAUGCCACAUUGAAGCAACGAAUGCAGGAAACGCUUGAUAAUCUGUACACACAGGUUAUGGAAAGAGAACUCGAGUUGAAGGACUUUGAGAAUAUGCUAGAAUGUUAAGAGGGAGGUUAGAACUGAGUACUCUGUAGUGCAUCUUAUCAUAAACAUUAUAAGGAUCGAACUUA